UCGUUUUAGACCAACCGUCUUCAACGGUCUCGUAUGAGCGUUGUAUUAAACUAACCACUUGAGAAGUUUGUAUUUUUAUUAUUUGUUUGCACAACAACCAGUGAUACGCGACGACCGAGAACCGCAUAUGACAAUCGGCGGUUGGAACGGCCAACAAGAAAGUAUCAAGUUUGAAAUGUAACAAAUGGUUGACUGAAUUGAGCGUGUAUAUAUAUAUAUAUAUAUGUAUAGUUAGCGAGUAUUUUGCAUACAUACACAUCCCCUCCAUGCACGUUGGUCCUCGAAAUUUGUCGGGAUGAGCACAUCACAGGAUGAGAACGAGCGUAAGAAACGUUCGCUGGAAGCUGGCAGAGAAAUGUUGGCACGAUACAAAGCAAAGAGAUAUACCAAGGACAAAGCAUACCAAGGACGAAGCUUAAGCAUGGAGAACAUUGAACCAUCUGAUGAUGAGUCCUUGCACAAUGAGAAAUCCCUGUUGCUCAAAGGAUCUGGAGCAAACGAAGGUACAUCGUCACGAGACGUAACAUAUAGUAGCGUUAGCAUAAGUGAAGGAGAAGCUGACGCUGAUUUAGAAGGACUAGCAGGACGUGUUGCAGAAUUAGAAGAAUUAUUGGAGGGAAAAGAAGUAAUAGUUGGAGCUUUAAAUGAAGAAAUUGAUCAUUUACGAGCAGAAGCAUCUUCUCCAAAUUCAUCGCAGAGUCAAAGCAGCAGUAUACAUGGAAGAGAUAUUAUAUCUUUAUAUCAUGUAAAAUUGCAAGAAUUUGAAAGAGCAGUGAAUCAACGUGACAAUUUAAUAGAACAUUUAACAUCGUCUCUGGAGCAGGCAUUAUCUGCCAGAGAUGCUGUCACAGCACAACUUAAUGCUUUGAAUUCCAUGCAGUUGAACAAUUCCAUGGUAGAUAAUGUGAAUUUGCAACAGAAGAUUGACGUUUUAGAAAAAACAAUGAACGAUCAAGAAGCAUUAAUUCGUCGUCUGAACGCGCAACUGACAGAUAUUCAUGAGCAUGUUCAGACGUUGGAAAUGGAAAAAGAAACACGAAACGCAGAAAUUAACGAUUAUAAGGCGCAAAUAAAUAAUUUAAACGAGCAAAUCCGUGCUGGUGCUGCGGAGAAGAAUCUAAAUAUCGACGAAACUUUGGAACAACAGAAACAGUACGAAGCACGCGUAGAUAAGAUUAAGCAAGAUAUGCAGCACAUUUUAAAUAAGUUUACUGCCGUAACGAACGCUAAUGCAAUACGUCAUCAGCAAGAACUAAAGGAUCUAGCUAGCAAGAAUGAGGCUGAGAUUGCGAAUAUUAAAGUCCAACAUGAGGAAUCUAUAAAGAUGCUAAAGGAUGAAAAUAAAAUGUUAGCCGAUCGUUUAAACAAAGAACUACCGGAUCUGGAGAGCAGACACGCCAAGGAACUGUCUGUUUUCCAAACGCAAUUAGCUUACUAUAAGAAAACCGUCGAAGCAUUGAAGCUCGAGCUGGUUAAUCACGCAGAGUCGCAAAAGGUCGCUCAGUCAGAAGCGAACAUGUACAAAUCUAAGCUCGAGGAGUUCAAAUUCGAGGCGGAGAACGAACAUCGUCGGAAGAAUUUACACUUCCAGAAGGAGAAGCAGCUGCUGAGCGAGCAAAUCAAGCUGCACAAAAUCCAGCUGGAGGAGAUCACGUCGAAGCACAUCGCGACGAUGAGCAUCCUGGAAUCGAAGGAGAGCAUCGAGCGAUCGCUAGAACAAGCUCUGACGAACGCAGCGACGUUGAAGCAGGAGAACGAUGCGCUGAAAUUCAAGCUGGACGACUUGUCGUGUAGAUAUUCCAUGGCACAGUCGGCGGUUGAGAACAGUCAGGUUCCUGACAGGACCCUGAGCUGUCGAGUGUACGACCUGGAGAGAUCCCUGUCACGGUUCGACGCUACGAGCGUCAGCACGAAUAGCGAGCUGUGCGAAACCAUGUACAAGACUUUCGACGAGGAAGCCAUUCAGCAUCAGCUGAUACGGCGAAAUCUCGAGGAGAAGACAGAGAUCGAAAGACUGUUGACCGAGAAGAUUCGCACGCUCGAGGAGAAUCUGCUCAGAGCAAACAACGAGCUGGAACAAGCCGACUUCGCGAAGAAGUCCUACGAGAAGCAGCUGAAGGACACGAGAAAUAUGAGUGACAAGCUACAGCAAGAGGUCGAUUUGUUGAAAGAGUCCAGUCGUGUUGUGCGUCGUGACUCCUCGAGUGUCGAAUGUUCGGAGGGCGCAGCGGUGAGUGCUGAGGGCGAUUUGACGCGGCGGCAGGAGGAUCAGCAGAGGGAAAUCGAAAGUCUGAAGCUGCUGCUGGAGCAGAGAGAGACGGAGAAUGCGAGCUGCAAGAAAAAUUUGGCCGAGAUGAUGGAAAAGACGAAGAAGCUGGAAGCGCAGUGCGAGCAGCUGAAAGAUGGCUUGGCUAAUGCGUGGGCACAAUGUGCGGAGUUUGAGGAGAAGUUAAACCAGACGCUGAACAUGAACGAUAGCAGCAAAGUGAACGCCUCCAUGAACAGCACGACUUCUUCGUCCAGGCAGCUUGGCGCGAACGAGAGCUUCGACAACAACAGUCAAAGCGCAGCGGAUCAGAAGAAGAUCUCGGAGCUGGAUAAUAUCGAUAGGAAUACGUUAACGGACAACAGGCACCUGAAAAAUGACCAUCAGAAUUUGUACAAAGAACUGCAGCAAAUUCUGGAGGGCGAGUCCAACUUGGACGAGGUGAAGUUGAAAUUAAGUCGUUAUUACGCCGUGUGCGAGAGAAUAAUCGAAGAGAAGGCGCAUUUCCUGUCGGAGAACAUUUCGGGGAAGCCGCAAGAUGGCGAGGAUCCUCUGCGGAAGUCUUUGGAUAACCUGUGCAUGGAGAAGAAACUGUUGAGCCAAGAGAUCGAGGACGCGAUGAAUCGAUGUAAGGAGGAACUGGAAGCUAUCAAGGCUGACUCCGCCAAGGAGAUCAACAGAUUGCGCCUAUUGCUGCAGAAUCUCAAGGACGGUAGCGCAAGUAUGAGCGACUUGAGAACCGAGUUGGAAGCACGUCAUGCCAAGGAGAUGGAAGAGCUGAGGACAUAUUUCGAGCGGAAAUGCCUGCAGAUGGAAAAGCAGUACUCGGAGGAAGUAUUCAGCCAGCAGUCCAAACGGAUCUCCGACAGCGAAACCGAAGAACUGACCGAUGACUUGUACUUUGGCGGUGCCGGAGAUUGCCUGAACGUGUCUAAUUCUCGAGCGGUGACUCCUAGUGCCAUCGAGGAGUCCCUGAGAAUCCCUCUCUUGGACGCCGAGAACGAAACGCGAAUCGAGACGGAAUACGACAGCGAUGUAAGAGCCCUGCGACAUGAAUUGGAGCACAAAGUUAACGAGAUUCAAAGUAUCAGGAGUGCCUAUGAGAAAGCGAUCGAGGAGCAGAAAGAAUUGUUCGAGUCUCAAAUUCGCGAUACUGAGGCGAAGCUUAAACGCUCGUCGACUGUUCCCGUCGCGCACCAGUAUUGUCAGACAGAAUGGGAAGCAUUGGAGAAUGGGGAAUUAUCAAAUUUGCGUGCUGCGUAUAAUCAUCAGUUGCAAGAACAGAUCGAGCUAGCUAGGCAGGAUAUUGUCAACGGUCUGCUAGAACAGUUUGAGACUUUGUUAUCGGUGGAGGAAGACAAAGAGGAUGAUUGGCCAGCUGAAUUGUUAGAACUGAGAAACAAAUUCACUCGUAAUGCCAAGCAAGAAAUCCAAGAGCUGAAGAAAACUUACAGUGUGGAGCUGGCGCGACUGAAGAAUGAACACGAUUUCGUCGUAGCGAGAAUGCUUGAACAACAUCAGAAGGAAAUUAGUUUUCUUAAAAGGAACACACAGAACGCAGAUAAGAUGCAAGAGACUGUUUGUGUCGGAUCUUCAGAAAGUAGUAUCAUAGCAGAAAGGGAUAAACUACAGAAGACGUGUGCAACUCUGCAAAACUUAAUUGGGGAAUUGGUCAAGUACUUCGCCGUCUGUGAAGAGGAAGUUAACAACACUCUGAUCAACGAGGUUCUGAAGAGACAAUUAUCAGAGUCCGUCUUUGCUAGCGAGGAAAACUUGAGCAAAGACAGCAGCAUCCCUGCAUCCGAGGCUCAAUGCAAGGAUCCCCCCCAUCAACCGAUUAAAAGAGUCCAUUUUGCACCGCAGUUCAGCAGAAUAACUUCUAUCGUUAAUAGCGAUAACAAGACGCUGCAGAGCUUGAUCGACGAAGAUGUGGACGAGAAACUGAGGAAAGAACUGAAGGCUUGUCUAAGACGCUUAAAGUCGGAUAGUACAGAAAUCCUUAAUUCUCCACUACCAUCUGGCAAAAACAGUAAUGACGCGUCAUCCCUAAAGGAGACCGACCUCACGAGCAAAAUUAACGAAGAGCUUUCCUUGAAACUGAACCACGCUGAAACCUUGAUAAUGGGCUAUCAGGAAGAAACAGAACAACUAAAAGUGCACAUUCUCGAACUGCAGCGAAAGUUGAUUAGCGCAGAGAACAAGAAGGAAGUCAUUACGGAAGGUUACGGUGAAAGUGAUCUUUCCAGAGGCGAUAUCGGACUGCAAGACCUUUCGCAGUUGCAAGAAAAAGCUAGACACGUGUUAUCGAACGGCGGCGGCGACACGUCCUAUUUGCUGCAACUAAUAGAAGAGCUGUGCAGGCAAAACGAUAAACUGCUGGAUGACGCUAAAAAGGACAAGGAGGACUUGCAGCAGCAGCAGGUGCCUUUAGAACCUACUCCUACCCCAUACAUUCACAGGGUUUGCUGCGAAAAGAUUGACGCAGCGGAUAAGCAGUUGCGGGCGACGCGUCGAUUUCUGGAUGAACAAGCGAGCGAACGCGAGAUGGAACGCGACGAAGCAUCGAAGCAAAUUCGCUUCUUGCAAGAACAGCUGAAGGAGCGCGAGCGCGAGAAGGAGAGAGACAUGCGUAUCAGUUCCGAGCAGUCUGAGCUAUCAUCUGAAACGUCUUCAGACGCCGCUGAGCUUCAAACAAUUGACGUCAAUGCAACCGUGGAAGCUCUCGAAUCUCAGAUGAGAGAAAUGUCGUCGUUGAUGUCGGACACGGAAGCCAAGAGGACGGAGAAAGAAAGCGAGCUGAAAGCUGCGGUGGACAAAAUCUGGGUCUUGCGCGAGAUCAUUACCGAUCUGGAGCAACAGCUGCAGAUCAAGAUCGAGAGGGAAGAGUCCUUGCAGGUGCAAAUCGGUCAAUUGGAGACUGUAAUCACAGCGCAGACGAAGAACCAACAAGAGCUGGUUCAAGAAUUGGAUGCUAUCAAAUCUGGCAGCGAGAGCAGGCAACUGAAUGAGCAAAUCAGCUAUCUGGAGGAAGAAUUGCAGAAACACAAGCUGAGUUCGGAACACUUCAACGUCAACUCGUCCGUCCUGAAGCAGAUGAAAACAGAACUUCACGAGAUGCAGAAUCAAUUAGACAAAAGAAUUCGAGAAUUGGAAUCGGCGCACAUGUGCGGUUCAAAUUUGAGCCUGAGCCAACCGAGCGAGGACGUUUCCAUUAGGGAGCAAAUCGAUGCGACGAGAUGUCUAACUCCGGACGACCCGACCUCACCACCAAUGCUGCCCUUGGACCAAGUGCUCAAGUUAAAAGAUAAGAUGCUGAAGCAUGCGCGAGCGGAGGAUGUGGCCUUCAAGAGGAUCAAGGAUCUGGAGAUGCAAUUAACAACGAUAAAAAAUCAAAACGAGGAAUUAAUAGCGGAACAAGAGAUCUUGCAUCAAACUGCAUCCGAGCAAUUGUUCCAAAUCGAAACGAUGCGCGGUCGCUUGGAGCAGCACAAGCAAAGUGCUCCAUUCGUGCAGAAACAAGCGACAUCGCGUUUGGAGUUACAGCUACAUGAAGCCACAACAAAGUAUCAUUCCUUGGAGCAGAUAAUUACUGACAGAGAGCUAGAGGUGAAGGAGCUAAGGACUCAGCUCGACAGGGCCAAUCAGUUACUGGCGGAGAAAGAAAUUGAGGUGGAAAACUUCGUGCAGUCGGAACAUGGCGCCCUGCAGAAACUCAAAGAUCAGCUGAAACUCGUGCAGGAGGAGAAGAAAAUGCUGCAGGUACAGCUCGGUACGCAGCAAGAGCAUGCCCAAUUGCCGCCACUGAUCGAUGCCAUAUUAGCUGACAAGAAUGAGGAGAUUGAUCAUCUCAAGGAACAAUUGUCUAAGAAGGAGAAGCAACUGGAGGCAUAUUCGUCGUUUGCGUUGAGCGACGUGCAGUUGAGGGAAUUGACGAAACAGGCGGUGGAGCCCAAGAACAGCGCGCGUACACUGAGCGAUAUCAUCUCCAUUCACUCGGAAUGCGCGGAACUGCCCGAGGCCAUUCGGGAGCCCAACGCGACUCAAGUGUCGCACAACAUGUCCAGCUUCAAAAUCGCCGGGUCCACGUUGUCGAAGAAUACGUUGAAUCCGAACAACACCAGCAGCUUGAAUACCUUGGAGGCGCCUUUACUUGACGGGGAUAAAAUGGACACGCAGGUCCCGCCGUUGGAUUUGGAUCCUCAUACCCAUACACAAAGCCCCAGCAAUUUUGUGCACAAUUCAGAGCCGGAGCUGCACCACAUCAUGGAUGAGUCAAAAUUAUCGUCCCCCAAGAAUAACGACGACAGCGAUGAUUCCCAACGAGCCGAAUUACUCAACGAAAAAUUGAGGGAGAUCGAACACUUGUCGAGUCAGCUGCAAAUCGUGCAACAGGAAUUGGAACUAAAGUCCGAUCUUUUGAUCAAGUAUGAAACAGAGUUGACGCUCUUGCACAAGCAAUAUCAGGAUUUGCACGACGAGUACAAGGAGACGGUGGAGAACUUGAUGCGAGAUAAGAAUUUCUACAAGGGCCAGUAUGAGCUGACUCAGGCAUCAGAGAAUAAGAUCAAAAAGGACUUGGAGGAGGUGGAGAAUAUCUUGAAGCUGAAAAUAGAUGAGCUGGAGGAUCAUAAGGGUAGGAUGCAGGUUAACGAGAGGAUUCUCACGGAACUGAACGCGGAAAAUAUACAGUUGAAGAAAGAAAUAGAGACCAGGGACAAAGACCAGUCGAGGAGAAACAGCUUGUUGAUGCAAGAGAAAGCGCAGGAGCUGCAAAGGUUCAAGGAACUCAUUCUGGAGAAAGAUAUAACGCUGGAGACUCUCCAGACGCGCAACAUCGAGAUUGAAAACGAGAACAAGCAGUUGUACGACUUCAAGACGAAGGUCCAUGUGCGCGAGCAGGAGAUCGCAAAGUUGCAGGACGAGGUCCUGCGAUUGACGGAUGGUCUGAACAAUCGGGACCAAGUGAUACGUAAGCUGGAGGAGAUGGCGAGACGAACGAGCGACAGCCAGUCGGGCGCAUCGUCGCCAUUAUCUCACAGUAACAAGGACCAAGAGAUCCAUCACUUGCAGGAAUUCUUAAAGGAGAAGGACAAGGUGAUCAGGCAGAUGAGCGACGACAGCAAGAGCUUGCACCGAGCGUUGGAGACGAUCCAGAACAAAAUGAAAGAGUCGGGUAACGUGGUGGAAUUGAGGAAGAAGCUAAAGGACGAACGUAAAUCGAAUGCUGAGCUGAAGGACACGAUACAGCGACUGCAGAAGGAACUGGAGGACCUGAGGGAUGCGUUCGCGCAGCGUUCGCAGGACGACAGCGACAUUGAGGAUAUGGUCCAGCGAGAAUUGAACCUCUCCGCGCAUUUGGACAAGCAACUCAUGCAGGUCAUCAAGGACGAUGCCGAAGAAGUAGAAGGAACACAAGAAGAGCAUCAGCACAAGUUAAGCCAGAUGCACAAGGACAACGAGGCGCUGAGGAGGCUGAAGGACGACUUGGAAGUCGAGCGGAAUAUAAUGCAGCAUCAGAUUACCGAGUACGAGGAUCGCAUUCUGGAGUUGAAGACGAGUCUGGUGGAGGAGACGAAGAAGGUGGCGAAGCUGAACAAGGACUUGACAAUAGAGAGAAACACCGUGCAGUUCCUGAGGAAGCAAAUCGAAGAACAUCGCCGAGUGACGGAGGCGGGGCGCGUUCAGGACACCGAGCUGAUCGAGUUCCUGCAGAAUAAGCUGAAGACCUCCCUGGAGAACGAGGAGAAGCUUCGCAAUGAUCUAGCAUCGAUGAAUCAACAGCAAAUCAGUCUGGACUUGCAAUUGACGUCUAUGAGGAAGCUGAUAGAAUUGGGCAACGCCAACAAGGCUUCGCCGAAGUUCGCCGUAAUCUGCCAGAAUGAGCUGCAAAGUGCUGCAAACGUAGAUCCCGAGAAGAAUCGCGAUAACAACGCGGAGCUGCGGAAGAACAUAAAGAGGCUGGAAGUUGAGAUGAGCCGGUACGAGAAACGGCUGGAGAUCGCGACGGAAGAGCGGGAGAGACUGAUCAGCAGCUUGGCGUUGACGAAAGGAAAGAAGGAGAUUGUGGAGGCGAACCUGCAGAGGAUCGCAGAGGAGCUGAAGGCGCGUGUGGAGGAGUGCGAUUACCUGCAGGAGCAACGCGACAUCGAGAUGGGCGAGAUCAAAGGGUUGCGCAGAGAAAUCAACAUCGCCAAGGAGGCCAGGAUGGACCAGGAGGCUGACAUCAAGUUAGCUAAACAGGAGCUGAGGGAGAGCGCGGAACGGGAGCUGAAGCUCACGCGCACCGUGGAGUCGUUGAAGGAACGAGAAGCGGAGCUCAACACGAAACUGGCGUUCUCAAAGGAGAGGGAGAGGAAGCUGGAGGAAUUGGUGGAAGAUCUCCAGACAAACAUAAAUGCCGCCGCCGUCGAAAGGGAGGUCGACGUCAGAGAUCUCAAGAGCAAACUGUCGGACGCGAAGGACAUUCCCGCGAGCCUCGUGCAGCAAGUGAAGGAGCUGAACGGGAAGGUCGAGAAAUACGCCGCCGAGAGGGAUAAUCUCCAAGACAAGCUCGGCAGGAUGAGGGAGGACAAGGAGUCGCUGACGCAGCGUGUAAAGAUGCUCGAAGAGCAAAUCAAGAAAUUGAAUCAGCAGCUGGUUCCUAUCGAGAGGUUGCAGAAUUUCUACGGCAAGUAUCUACGAGUGGAGAGCAGGCGGAGGGCAUUGGCCUUUCAGAAGAGGUACUUGCUUUGUAUAUUGGGCAGUUAUCAGUAUUGCGCGGAGAACACGUUGUAUGUUCUCGCGCAGUUGACUCGGGAUCAACGCUCGUACACGCGGUUGCCGCACGGAAAGGUGCGCCUCAAGAUCAUUGUGUUGGUGGUAAUUAGCACACUGAGGAUGAAGUGGCUGAUCCAACGGUGGCGAACGGGCAAGCGCGUGGGCGCUAAUGUUCUCAUGGGUUAUAUCGAUCAGUUGAUCGAUUUACCGCCCACGAUGAAGUCAACAUCCAAUCAUUCUCCACCCGUGAGGGAAAGAGCGAGGGCGCACGGAGGUAGCGGAGGUAGCGAACUAAGUGGCUUUACACUUGAACAGUAUUACCAACCAAUAAGAAACUUCCAACAGGCGGUCGAAUCAGCCAUGGCGGAAUCUGCAACUAGUCAUAUUAUCUCAGAAUAACAUUAUAUACAUAUAUUUUUAGUACAUCUAGAAGUUGACCUGUACAGUGUUAGCGUUACAAAUGUUAUGUAAUUGUUUAAGCGGUGCAUUGUAGAGGUCGUGUUUUUUAAAUUGGCAGUUUUGCAGUCUUCAAAUUUUUACAUCGUCGAAUCAGCGUACCAAUUUUCGGAUUUGCGUAUUUUGAAGAAAUUAGUACAUGGGAAAUGCUAAUUUGAGGAUAGGAGACAGGUUUCGUAGGAAUUAUGUGUCAUUACGAUUUUUAAGAAAUCACGAGAGGGAAAUUUUAAUCAGUAUUUUCUAUCUCAGAGUAGAUCUCUUUAUCGUUCGCCAUAUUAUUCCUCUUUCCCUUUAUGAGAAACACGUCCUAUAUUUUGCACUAACUAAACUGCAGUCGUUGUUAAUCGAUCUGCAUGGGAUUUCUAUUUCCGUUCGACUGCACGGUUUACAUCGCACCGACGGAUCAUCAAUACUCGAUGAUGGAGUGUAAACUUCGUCAGGUCGACCGGAAGUAAUCGAAACUGGGCAUUUACGCAAAUCCUCGGUAAUAAACUGACGAUUUUAUAUUUUUUUAACUCAUUAACGUCUCGCACGAGACUGUAGAACCGCACGAUAUCUUUUUCUCGUUGACUGCAGUAACGAGAUUUCAAUGUCACCGGUGAUUUUACGAGAAAAACCAGGCGUCAUUAAUGAGUGAGGCAGGAUGUUUGCGUGUAAAAUAGCUUUUUUAUGAUUAUUUUAUAAGAUAUAUACACACACAUACAUACACAGGAGGCUUUUAUCAGCUGUCGGCGGAAGAAGCAAUUCUACGAAAAUUAUAAUGAACGUUAGACGUUUGCGUUUUCAUUUAUGGUAAUAUGUAUGGAUGGAUAAUAUAUAUGGAUUAUUACUAUAGACUGUAGAUUGUAAGUGAGUUCCGCGUGCCUUGUACACCAUAAAGCGCGUCCAUUAUUUAUUUAUCGACGGAUUGUAAUAAGCUUUUUAUAUAUCGCGAGAGUUGCAUGUAAUGUGUGAACACUUUUUCCUAGAUCUGUAAUAAAGAAUCGAUCUUUUAAUACAUGUGGAUACCACUCAUUAAAUAUGCACACUAUAACUAAUUGCUCACGUUUGUACAAAAGUAACAGUUGUCAUAGAGCGAUUGUACAAAAAGUCAAACUGUCACGGUACGAUCUCUCGUGACGUUGUACUUCUCCAAAUAUUACGACGCAGUUCUCGCGACGCGAACGUUAGUACCUUUUUUACGGCUAACAUUAAGGCUAACGGAUCGUUAUCGGGUGAACGCGAAUGUAUUAUUCAUAAUUGUAAAUUUGUAUCGAUCCAGACGUCUAAAUUUAAUUACUGUCUGUUCGAGGCAUAAUUAUGAAUAAACUCGUCGCACAAAUAUCUUGUUUAAGGCGUGAUUGAUCUUGUUUAUUGGUUUCACUUUGUUAUAUGUUUUUAUAUAUACAAGGGUGUGCAAAAAAGAUAAGAGCUGAAUAAUUUUGAAAAUAUACAAGAUAAAGAAAAAUCCAGUCAAAUACAGAUGUGGUAGGGCUUUUUUAAGUGACGCAUCAACUAUUGUCUGAAACGUUUUUUUUAUUUUUAUUGACCAAGGAAAUUUUUAAAUCAUCAAGUUAACAAAAGUUAGGGCACUAUUGUAGCAGCAUAUUCUUGAAACCAAAUAGAACUAAACGUCCCUAACUAAACGAAACUAAACGACGUUUGUCGGAAGAAAAAA